AUGAAGGAUUUAGGUGAUCUGAAAUACUUUCUAGGAAUUGAAGUAGCCAGGUCCACAACUGGUAUAUUUCUGUCUCAAAGGAAGUAUAUAUUAGAUCUGCUCACUGAAACAGGAAUGCUUGGAUGCAAACCUGCUGAUACACCCAUCGAGAUGAAUCAUAAGUUAUGUGAAUACAUGGAUCAAGAACCAACCAAUAAGGAACAAUACCAAUGCCUUGUUGGAAGGAAUGCAGUUGAUCGGAUCUUAAGAUACUUAAAGUCAGCACCUGGGAAAGGAUUAAUGUUCUCAAAAAAUAGAGAUCUCAAAGUUGUUGGAUAUACAGAUGCUAAUUGGGCUGGCUCCGUUACUGACAGACGCUCUACUUCAAGUUACUUCACUUUUGUGGGAGGUAACCUAGCCACUUGGCGGAGUAAGAAACAAAAUGUGGUUUCUCGGUCUAAUGCUGAAGCAGAGUAUCGAAGAAUGGCUCAUGGAGUUUGUGAAUUACUAUGGAUCAGAAGAUUAUUGACAUAA